AUGGGAGGAUACUCAACGAAGAGGAUGAUCGUGUUUCUGCAGCUUCUUACUUCAGUCAUGUUGCUUCAUCUCUCCAUCUCGUCUUCCUCUGGUGAAGCAGCUAACUCGAGUGAGAACGGAGUAUGUGUUAUUUCUAAAAAAGGAAAGCUUCCGAAGCCUGGUGAUCUAAACAUGUGUAAUGCCUUCCAUGGCAAGACUCGUUGCUCUGCUUCACGGAUGCUCUCUGCUUCAUUAGCUCUCCAAAACCUAGCUACUCACGGAGAAGCUUCUAAAGAUUGCUUGUACUUGUUUGAGCUUUUGGAAUGUUCAGAUGUUGGACCUCUUCGCAUUUGUGCCUCGUUCUGUGACAGAGUCUUUGAAGCUUGCUCAGAUGCCUACUUUAGUACUAGUGGUGCUAGUAAUCAGGUUAUGGUACCGUGUGGAGCAAGCAAUGGUAUCAUCUGCGUGAAAGUUUCCAAGUGGGGGACUAAUGGCACAGCGUUCUGUGAAGCAGUGGGUUUCACUGUUGUUCAAACAGCUGAUGAUUCCGCUUGUUACGGAAGCAGCAAAUCAAGUUUUGGACCAGUGGUGAAGUCACUCACAAAGAGUGAGAAUGUUGCUUGGUUUCAAGAUCUCAAGAAGCUAGUUAGAGAUAUGACAGUGGUUCAACAGUUCUCUUGGGUUGUAACAUUUAUUGCACUAGGAACAAUGCUCUUUAACAGGUGGCGUUAUCAGCAACAGAUGCGAGCUAUGAUCCAGAGGGAUGCGAGAAGAUUGAUAAGGAACAUGAAUGGGGGAGGAUUGUAA